CUGACCCUGUGUGUUCAGACAACGGCAUCACCUACACCUCCCCCUGCCUCGCAGGCUGCUCCAGCUUUACAGGUUACGGCAAGAACACGAGUGUUCUUCAUUGGCCUCAUCACAUGAGGCUCCUCCUUAGGAGUGAGUGGGACACCACCACGGGACAGACCCCACACUCAUCGCUAGAGAUCGAACUUCAGACUCCCUCCAAAACCACUGAACCCCUCAACACACCGAAAGAGAUUACGGUUCACACCCUUAGAGGGAGCCGGAACAGGAUAACUCCCUCCAAACUCGCAAACAUUUCGUUUUUGCAGGGGGGUGUUGUAAGGGGCUUAAUACAGUUGUGUUCCAGCCACUAGGGGGUACUCUGGUGAAGCACAUGGGGAAUAAAUAAAUAUAGUUUAAGUGAAUUGGGUAGAGUAAGAAUGAAAAACUAAAGAAAGACUGUAAACAGCUGUUACCUGUGCUAACAUGAUUAAAAGUGAAGUAAACCGUACUUUUCAAGUUAUACUUUAUAUGAUAAGCUCAUUGGAAGGGUAACAUAUACAGGAUGUACAUAAAUGGGCAUAAACACGUGACACAGGAAAAAAAUUUUUUUUGACAUUUAGGAAUUCAAAAUGCAUCUAAAUAUAUUUCGUUCUGUCUAUGGAAUACAUAAAUAAGUUUUUUAAAAUAUGUAUAAAAUAUACUUGUCUGUACAGUAAGUACAUGUAGGAAAUCCAAAAUGCACAAAAAUAUGUUUUUGUAAUGUCUAAGUUAUAUGUGUAUAAUACACUGCUCAAAAAAAUAAAGGGAACACUUAAACAACACAAUGUAACUCCAAGUCAAUCACACUUCUGUGAAAUCAAACUGUCCACUUAGGAAGCAACACUGAUUGACAAUAUAUUUCACAUGCUGUUGUGCAAAUGGAAUAGACAAAAGGUGGAAAUUAUAGACACCCCCAAUGAAGGAGUGAUUCUGCAGGUGGUGACCACAGACCACUUCUCAGUUCCUAUGCUUCCUGGCUGAUGUUUUGGUCAUUUUUGAAUGCUGGCGGUGCUUUCACUCUAGUGGUAGCAUGAGACGGAGUCUACAACCCACACAAGUGGCUCAGGUAGUGCAGCUCAUCCAAGAUGGCACAUCAAUGCGAGCUGUGGCAAGAAGGUUUGCUGUGUCUGUCAGCGUAGUGUCCAGAGCAUGGAGGCGCUACCAGGAGACAGGCCAGUACAUCAGGAGACGUGGAGGAGGGCAACAACCCAGCAGCAGGACCGCUACCUCCGCCUUUGUGCAGGGAGGUGCACUGCCAGAGCCCUGCAAAAUGACCUCCAGCAGGCCACAAAUGUGCAUGUGUCUGCUCAAACGGUCAGAAAUAGACUCCAUGAGGGCCCGACGUCCACAGGUGGGGGUUGUGCUUACAGCCCAACACCGUGCAGGACGUUUGGCAUUUGCCAGAGAACACCAAGAUUGGCAAAUUUGCCACUGGCGCCCUGUGCUCUUCACAGAUGAAAGCCGGUUCACACUGAGCACGUGACAGACGUGACAGAGUCUGGAGACGCCGUGGAGAACGUUCUGCUGCCUGCAACAUCCUCCAGCAUGACCGGUUUGGCGGUGGGUCAGUCAUGGUGUGGGGUGGCAUUUUCUGGAAGCAAGCGAAGUUCGGAGCCGAAAUCUACGCCGCUUCGUUGGUGAUUGGUCAACAAUAGGGAUUCUUCAAUAAAGUAUUUGUUAUCAUUCAAGGAGAGAUGAGUCAGUUAGAUGCACGACUAAGAUCUCUUUGGCCAAACGGGAACAUUAAUGACAGAGUUACAGUUCAAAGGAAAUCAGUCAAUUGAAAUACAUGAAUUAGGUCCGAAUCUAUGGAUUUCACAUGACUGGGAAUACAGAUAUGCAUCUGUUGGUCACAGAUACCUUAAAAAUAAAGGUAGGGGCGUGGAUGAGAAAACCAGUCAGUAUCUGGUGUGACCACCAUUUGCCUCAUGCAGCGCAACACAUCUUCACAUUGAGGUGAUCAGUCUGUUGAUUGUGGUCUGUGGAAUGUUGUCCCACUCCUCUUCAAUGGCUGUGUGAAGUUGCUGGAUAUUGGCGGGAAGUUUGAUAGCAGUUUGAUUUCACAGAAGUGUGAUUGACUUGGAGUUACAUUGUGUUGUUUAAGUGUUCCCUUUAUUUUUUUGAGCAGUGUAUAUAAAUUCAGCAAAAAAAGAAACGUCCUCAUUGUCAACUGUGUUUAUUUUCAGCAAACUUAACAUGUGUAAAUAUUUGUUUGAACAACUGAGACAUAAAUAUAACCAGUUCCACAUAAAUGGAAUAAUGUGUCCCUGAACAGAGGGUGGGUGAAAAUCAAAAGUAACAGUCACUAUCUGGUGUGGCCACCAACUGCAUUAACUACUGCAGUGCAUCUCCUCCUCAUGGACUGCACCAGAUUUGCCAGUUCUUGCUGUAAGAUGUUACCCCACUCUUCCACCAAGGCACCUGCAAGUUUCCGGACAUUUCUGGGGGGAAUGGCCCUAGCUCUCACCCUCUGAUCCAACAGGUCCCAGAUGUGCUCAAUGGGAUUGAGAUCCAGGCUCUUUGCUGACCAUGGCAGAACACUGAUAUUCCUGUCUUGCAGGAAAUCAUGCACAGAACUAGCAUGGCUGGCGGCAUUGUCAUGCUGGAGGGUCCUGUCAGGAUGAGCCUGCAGGAAGUGUACCAUAUGAGGGAGGAGGAUGUCUUCCCUGUAAUACACAGCGUUGAGACUGCCUACAAUGACAACAAGCUCAGUAGGCGACGCUGUUGCCGGUGAUGUCUGGUGAGGACCUGCCUUACAAAAGGCCUAUUGCGGACAGUCUGAGCACUGAUGGAGGGAUUGUGCGUGGGAAACAUGGGAAACAGUGCUUAAAACCUUUUCUCAAUAGUGGGGGCACUAUUUCCACUUUGUAAAAAAUCGUUCCCAAAUUAAACUGCCUCGUACUCAAUUCUUGCUCGCACAAUAUGCAUAUUAUUAUUACUAUUGGAUAGAAAACACUCUAGUUUCUAAAACCGUUUGAAUUAUAUCUGUGAGUAAAACAGAACUAAUUUUGCAGCAAACUUCCUGUCAGGAAGUGAGAAAUCUGAAAUCGAGGGCUCUGUUCCAGGGUCAGCUUAUUAAUAUGCAUGGAAUCUAUGGGUCUACAUGCACUGCAUACGCCUUCCUCUAGAUGUCAGUAGGCAGUGAGAAUUGGAUUGGGGUGUAUAGCUCUAUCUGAGGCCGAAUAAGACUUGUUGGAAUGGCGCGACCACACUCUUUCCUUUCUUCACCAUGGCGCGAAUCGGUCACCUGGAUUGCGUUCUGAAAAGCUGUCGUUAUCGACGGUAGAUAUCUCCGGCUCUGAUUUUAUUUGAUAUGUGUUAAAAACAUCAUAAACUAGUUAUAUUAAACCAACUUAUAGCAGUUUAUAUCAGUUGAUUGCGAUUUUCGGUAUUUUGUUUGUAAUGCGUUAUUGUGAGUUGGACACUUCCGUGCCGCAUGGUCAGCUUUGUUAGCUAAUUCCACAGAUGAAGACGACAUUCUACAACCGAACAACGAUUAUUCUGGACAAAGGACAACUUGUACAAGAUUCUGAUGGAAGCUCAUCAAAUAGUAGGAACCAUUUAUGAUAUUAUUUCGUAUUUCUGUCGAAAAUGUUUAGACUAUAUUCCACCCAGAUUUCGGGUGCUGUUUCGCUAUAACGUAAGCUGUAUGUCGUAAUAAGGUUAUUUUUAAAAAUCUAACACAGCGGUUGCAUUAAGAACUAGUGUAUCUUUCAUUUGCUGUCCAACCUGUAUUUUUUAGUAAAGUAUAUGAUUAGUUAUUUGAUUAGAUGAUGUGAGUGUCAGAAAUAUAUCCAGAUUAUUUUGUGCUGUUUGGCUAGUAUUCACAUUGUUCAACCACGAAUUGUACCGCUAAAUAUGCACAUUUUCGAACAAACCAUAUAUGUAUUGUGUAAUAUGAUGUUAUAGGACUGUCAUCUGAUGAAGUUUGAGGUUAAUAUCUUUUGCUGGUUUAUUCGCUAUCGUUAACGUGACUUGAAUGAAUACGGUUGUGUGGUAGGCUAUUGUAGUAAGCUAAUAAAAUGCUAUAUUGUGUUUUCGCUGUAAAACACUUAAAAAAUCUGAAAUAUUGGCUGGAUUCACAAGAUGUUUGUCUUUCAUUUGCUGUGCACCGUGUAUUUUUCAUAAAUGUUUUAUGAUGAGUAUUUAGGUAUUUCACGUUGGUUUCUGUAGUUAUUCUAGCUGCUUUGGUGAGAGUUGUGAUGGUGGCUGCAAUGUAAAACUAUGAUUUAUACCUGAAAUAUACACAUUUUUCGAACAAAACAUAUGCUAUACAAUAAAUAUGUUAUCAGACUGUCAUCUGAUGAAGUUGUUUCUUGGUUAGUGACUAUUUAUAUCUUUAUUUGGUCGAAUUUGUGAUGGCUACCUAUGCAGUAAAAAAAUUGUGAAAAUAUGCGGUUGGGUCUUUUGCUAUUGUGGUUAGCUAAUAGAAAUACAUAUUGUGUUUUCCCUGUAAAACAUUUUAAAAAUCGGAAAUGAUGGCUGGAUUCACAAGAUGUGUAUCUUUCAUCUGGUGUCUUGGACUUGUGAUUUCAUGAUAUUUAGAUGCUAGUAUUUACUUGUGGCGCUAUGCUAGGCUAUGCUAGUCAGCUUUUUUACUGAUGAGGGUGCUCCCGGAUCCGGGAUGAGUACCAAGUAGAAGUUAAACCCUUUACAAUGAAGAUCUGUGAAGUUACUUGAAUUCUCUUUGAAAGACAGGGUCCCUAAAAAGGGACGUUUUUGUUUGUUUGCUGAGUUUAUAUAUAUAUAAUUUACAAAUUCACCACAUUUAUGAUUUUAUAUGGGAAUCAAAAAGCUUUCAUGAAUGUUCACCAUGUGCUGAUGUGCUCAGCACUGUCAACAGACCCCAUUAUGACAUCACAAUGUAACGGAAGCCUUGCCAUCAUAUCAUUGCUGGUUCCAUCUGACAAGCAACAUUUCAUUUCCACUCAUUUCAUGAUAGAUCUCUCACAGAGAUAGGUUAAGUUCUUAUUUUGAGAGUGUUCAUAUUUAUCAUCAAUGGCUUAUCGAGGAAGAAAAUCAAGUGAGUUUGACAAACUCCAGAAGGAGAAUUCUCCGAUGAAGAGUGUCAUCGAACACUUGAGGAAGCAAAACAUGGCUUUAAACCAACAGGAUGACCAGGACAAGUUUUCAAGUUUUGUAAGGCUCAUCAGUUUUUCAAAAAUAUCACUGUGUUUAUUUUGUGCUUUCAUAGACAUACAGUAGGCCUACAUCCAUAAAAUCUUUAGCAUAAAAGCUUUUUUUGACACACUGUAAAAACUAUUUUGCCUACUUCACUUCUGCUAUUCAUUUCAUACUGUCCCAUUGUGAUCCAGGUCUAUCAGGAGAGCUACCCAAUCCCAGAGGGCCAUCGUGGCUUCAUCAGUGAUGCCAGACUUCUGCAGAUGCAGAGAGCUGAGAGAGAGGCCAUGGAAGUAAAGCAAAGAAAGAUAAGUGCUAUCCAUGAGAAUUAUGUCCGGACUGCUCUCAUCGGGGUUGGCAGCACCUUCGCGCACCACUUCGUCCCCUCUAUUCAGUGCAUUCCGCGGCCGAAAGCUCCACCAAGGCCUUUGCCACGAAGGCUUGAACACAUAGCUUUGGCCCCACUUAAGAACGUGGUAGGGGUGGACGGAGCCCAAGUUCGACCCGGAUCUCACUCUCUGGAGUCCCUCCAGGUAAAUAAGUCAUUCAGCAGCAGUAGCGUGUGGCCUGUUCCCGUCCCUCCCACUGGAGCUCCCUCCAAGAGGGGCAAGAAGAAGAAGGGCAGGCGGGGAGUCAAAGCCCUGAAAGUCCAGUCGGACCAGGGCUGUGCUGACAACAGACCCAUUGACCUGAUUGAGGAGGAGAGGGACAUCGAGACUCACCUGAAGGAGGAGGCCUGGAAGGUGGUACAUGAGGUGAAGGCCAUGGGCAGGAGAAGUUUGGGCUCGGCCAUGUCCAUGGGGGAAAUAGCCACCAGCUCUCUGGGAAGCCUGAGCUCAAUGAAUAUGAACACCCCUGUGGAGCUCUGUGACUACCUGGAUGUCGGGACCCCGGUCAACUUGCGUGACAGCCCACCCAGGCCUGCUCCCCCUCCUACCAAGCCCAGGAGCAAACUGCCUCGGCCCAUAAGGUUCCUUAGCCUGCCAAAGGCUGUCACCGGCUCAGACAAGAAGGCAGCCAGUGAGCCAAAGGGCCAAAUGAAGAAGAGUCAGGACCAGGCCAGAUUGCAGCCCCUGUCCAACCCAGAGCAGGCCCUGACUAAGACCUUCAAGCUGCUCAACUCUGCCUCUGAUGACUGGCAGAAGAAGAUCGAGGGCUUGACCUCUCUCCGUGUGAUGGCUCAGAACCACAUGGACAUACUGAUGCCUAAACUCCAUGAUAUCUGCCUUGCCAUUAUAAAUGAGGUGAAGAACCUACGCUCUGCAGUGUCCUGUGCUGCCAUGGCCACACUGGGUGACAUGUACGUUCACCUCCAGAGGGCCAUGGACAGUGAGGUGGAGGGGACGGCACGCGUGCUGCUGCACAAAGCCAGCGAGGCCAACACCUUCAUCCGGCAGGGUGCCAACUUUGCCCUGAGUCACAUGGUGCAGAGCUGCACCCCUACCCGUGUCAUGAAUGCCCUGCUGGUCGGUGGGCUGAGCCACCGCAACGCUGCGGUGAGGAGCUGCACUGCUCAGCACCUGGAGAGACUGGCUGAGGUCAUGGGGAUGGCUCGUCUCCUGUCGGGGAAGAAAGACCUUACUGACCGCUUCUUGAUUGCCGUCAGUAAACUGGCUGUGGACCCUGCACAGGAAGCCAGGCAUCAUGGUCGCAAUAUCUUGAGAAACGUGGCCACCAAUGGCGACUUUGCUAAAAUGUGGGACAAAUUCGCUCCGAGGAAAGAGCGAGAAUCCUUGAGGGAGGUCAUCUCAAAGAAAGGUACAUUCUCUCUGGAUGAUUUGAAGAAGUGUGACAAAUGAGCUGAUAUGAUUACAGAAAUCCAAUACCACUGGGCACAGACAUCAGUUCAAUGUCUAGUUUUGAUUUCAAUUUGGGAAAUCAACCAAAAUGUGAAAUCAACCAAAAAUGUUGGUUAAAAGUUGGGUGAAAAAAAUCCAAUUGUGUUUUCCACGUUGAUUCACCGUCAUCACAUAGAUUUUAUUGUUGUUGAAAUGAGGUGGAAACAACGUUUAUUCAACCAGCUUUGGCCCAAUGGGAUGAAUUUAAUAUACUGUAAGAUUAUAUCUUUCUGUCUUUUCUCUUUUUCAACAGGAAAAUCUGAAUAAUCCCCAAUUUUACUAUAUAUUUGUAUCUAAAUAUUUGCACAUUUCCCAACCUGACUAUUUUCCCCUCCAGUCCCCAAACUCCAAUAUUUUCGCUCAUUUUAAGAAAUUUGACACUAUCAUCCAAACCCCCAUGUAAAUACAUCUUUAAACUGCAUUGACUCCUUGUCCAAGUCCUGAAUCCACUAUAAGGCAAUAUGAACCACAUUCAAAGCACUAAAUUACCUUUCCUCAAAGCUCCUAUCUGAUCUACCAGCUCAAUAGUGGUCUACUGAAACCAUACUCACCAUCUCAGGGGGUGCUCAGAUCAUCAACCACUGACCUCCACACCAUCCUCAAAACCAGCAGCAGUCUUUUGGAGGCAGAUUGGUCAGUGCUCCUGUAUGGCACCAACAUUGUGGAUUUUCAUCCAAUACUUCUGGACUAUGACAAUGACUUUGGACAAUAAAAUUUGGUAAAAUGGAAGCUGGCUCCAGUCUCAGUUUUAUCUUACAAGACAGUGUGAGGAUGUGUAACAACAAUACCUGUGGUUUAACUUGAUGAUCAGGGCCAGAUUACCGAAUGGUCACGCAGGGCACCUGCCCUGUGGGCCCCGACCUCCAGGGAAUAUCAUCAUAACAUCCAAAACUAAAAGUAUAGUGGAUGUAUAUUACAGUACGUGGACAUUUUACAAUUCGUGAGCUCGUUUCAUAAUUUGUAGCCAUGUUUAAUAUACAUUUGUGCUCAUUUUGUAGAAAUUCGUGAGCAUUUAAAAAAAUGUAGUGAGGAUGUUUUAUAUACAUUUUCUUACUGGUGCUCUUCCAUGCCGUCCCUAGGAGGGGUGCGUCACUUGAGUGGGUUGAGUCACUGACGUGGUCUUCCUGUAUGGGUUGGCACCCCCCCCUUGGGUUGCGCCGUGGCGGAGAUCUUUGUGGGCUAUACUCGGCCUUGUCUCAGGAUGGUAAGUUGGUGGUUGAAGAUAUCCCUCUAGUGGUGUGGGGGCUAUGCUUUGGCAAAGUGGGUAGUGUUAUAUCCUGCCUGUUUGGUCCUGUCCGGGCGUAUCGUCGGAUGGGGCCACAGUGUCUCCCGACCUCUCCUGUCUCAGCCUCCAGUAUUUAUGCUGCAGUAGUUUGUGUCGGGGGGCUAGGGUCAGUUUGUUAUAUCUGGAGUACUUCUCCUGUCUUAUCCGGUGUCCUGUGUGAAUUUAAGUAUGCUCUCUCUAAUUCGCUCUUUCUCUCUCGGAGGACCUGAGCCCUAGGACCAUGCCUCAGGACUACCUGGCAUGAUGACUCCUUGCUGUCCCCAGUCCACCUGGCCGUGCUCCUGCUCCAGUUUCAACUGUUCUGCCUGCGGCUAUGGAACCCUGACCUGUUCACCGGACGUGCUCCCUGUCCCAGACCUGCUGUUUUCAACUCUCUAGAGACAGCAGGAGCGGUAGAGAUACUCUUAAUGAUCGGCUAUGAAAAGCCAACUGACAUUUACUCCUGAGGGGCUGACUUGCUGCACCCUCGACAACUACUGUGAUUAUUAUUAUUUGACCAUGCUGGUCAUUUAUGAACAUUUGAACAUCUUGGCCAUGUUCUAUUAUAAUCUCCACCCGGCACAGCCAGAAGAGGACUGGCCACCCCUCAUAGCCUGGUUCCUCUCUAGGUUUCUUCCUAGGUUUUGGCCUUUCUAGGGAGUUUUUCCGAGCCACCGUGCUUCUACACCUGCAUUGCUUGCUGUUUGGGGUUUUAGGCUGGGUUUCUGUACAGCACUUUGAGAUAUCAGCUGAUGUAAGAAGGGCUAUAUAAAUAAAUUUGAUUUGAAAUUUGA